UGUUUCUUCUUCCUUCAAAUAUGGUUUCUCCACCGAGCUAUCUUGACAUAUUUGGUUUGUAGUCAUAGACCCAUUUUUGCAAUGGAGUAUAAGAUCUACGACUACUCCAUGGCUGCUUCAGGGUAUGCUAAUGCUCAUGCUCAUGCUCAGAUCAAUGAAAAUGAUGUUUCAAUGCUGAAUGGCAAUGUGGGUCAUGAAAUUUGCGUGCCCCAACGGAAUAAUAACACUCCUUCUGGAGGAUUCUGUGGAGGAAAUGUGGUUUCAGGCCAUUCGACCUCUGCUUCGACAUCUAAAAAGCAGGUUGUGCAGAAUCAGAAGAAGAAAAUUCAGUCGAAGCAGCACAACACAACCAAGCUGUCGGUGGAUCCUCAGAGCGUGGCAGCUCGUCAGAGGAGGCAUCGGAUCAGUAAGAGGUUCAGAAUUCUGCAGACCCUUGUUCCCGGUGGUACAAAGAUGGACACUGCUUCCAUGCUUGACGAGGCCAUUCAGUAUGUUAAGUUUCUCAAGUACCAGAUUUGGUUUCAUGAGAUGAUGGGCUAUGCUUUAAGUAAUAACUGCAAUUCCUUGAGCGCUUCUUCCUCUGCCCAAGUUGUUUCUCCUUCUCCAUCGCUGCAGAUGGAAACUGAUAGCUAUGGCAGCUUUAAUGCCCAUGAACUUACAGAGGCUAAUACUUUUAGUUAUGUUACUGGAAACUGGGGAAUCAAUUAGGUGAGAAAAUGAAAUGAUUCAGCUGUUUUAAGUCCUGUUGUUGGUCAAGAUCCUAGUUUCCUGAGUGUAUAUUGCUGUCUGUUCAGAUGUUCUGUGUAGGUAAUGACUUAUCAUGAUCUUAAAACUUCUGGGUUGAAAUGCAAUCAGGCCUUGUGUUAGUUGUUGUUCUUGUGUAAUUUUUAUGUAGAACAAAUGUUCUUUGUAACAAAACUGAUUAUCCA